UAGCCCCCUGGUUAAGUCCUGGUCGCAGUUUUUUGGGGGUCGCAGAUUUUUUCACCGAACUGGAGAAGACAGCUGAUGCAUUUUGGAUGGCGAGUUUUAGCAACCGUUUUCCCUCCGGAAAAUGUUGCUUCUUUUUUGUUUAAAAUGGCUUACUUUAACCAGAAUCCCUUGCUGCAUCCUGGCUGUGGUCUGUUUCGCGCCGGUCUCGGUGCCGUAAAAUGCGGAAAUCUACGCCGGCUGGCAACAUCUGCUUCUACUAAGCCAUCUCGUUACCUUAACUGCUAGUUAGCGGUAGCUGGCUAACUCUUGUCAAUGAUCUUCCACGAUGCGUUGAAUGAAUCUUGCAUAACUUUAUCGGAUUCGUCUGCCACAGUCGCAGUCUGCCAUGAACAUUUGUGCUUCGCUCCUAACUGGGGCUACAACUACGCAUAUGUGCAGUAUUUCAAAAUGGCAGCUGGUAGAAAACAACGCAGCUCUUGUCAGAAUAAAAUACAUACUUUAAUUUGUUUUCAUUCGAAUGCGAAAAUUAGGAUUCCGGAUUCAUUUUUGCAAGCGUAGUCGCGAGUGAAUCCGAAUUGCCAUUUUUUCCGAUUGCUACCAAAUGUGCACCAUGUGUACCACUAGACAGGUGAGUGACUGAAUUGGGAACAAUUUGAGGUUUUGCCAUUGCGUGUGGGCAAAGUUUGAUGAUUCUCCGAAACCGUAAUAAUUGGCCUUUCCGACUAUUUGUUCUCUGUACACUGAACAUCAAAGGAAGCAGUGUACUCUGGGGGCAAUAUUGCCCAUACUGUCAUAAUGUUGAGUUGUGAAGAGGCCGGCAGACGUAAGCAGGAUGCCGUGUGCAGCUGCACAUCAUCCGGCGGCAUUGUGCCCCGCUCGGCGCGUCAGGACGUCGAUCGUUCCCCCGCUUUGCGAACGGAGGACGAGGGCGUCGUGACGGGAAGCUCCGAGCAUCUCACAAAAGAGCCCCGAGGCUUUUUUUUUUUCCCCCCUCCCAUUCUCCUACUUCCUCCUCGCCGUACGCCAUCUGAAUAGCAUCUUUUAAAGGGAGGUUCUCAGCUCUUGAUGAAUGAAGAGCAGCUUUUGACAAUGAUCAUGACAUCUGACUCCCUCCCUCUCGCUCCUCCUCCUACCCAGGCUGAGCGAGCUGCCACAGCCGGAGAGGAAAAGCGCCCUGAAACGUGGGCCGUUGUGUAAUCCCUCCCAGGGCCCCUUUGCUAUUUUUGUGCCCGGGUCUGCACGUCAUGCUUGGGUAUUUUCUCCGGUGACUGGCUCGCAUCAAUAGAACGCUCCGAAUGUGCGCCGCUACUGCCGCCACUCCGGACUGAUGGGACGUUUACCCCUGCGCUUUUUUUCCUAUCCCGGUGGAGGUGGAAUGGACGGUGCGGGAUGAGGAAUGAGGAUGCGGGACAUGGAAGGAGAGGAGGGGGUUGAAAUGUCAGAUGAGCCAUCCCACGUGUAUGUAAACAUCACGACCGACACCUAAAAAGAAAUUAUUCCUCAAAAAAAAAAAACAAACGAUCGCAACGUCGGGAUUCAUGGAGUCGCUCGAAACUGCCACAGGCUCUCCGGAAAGUCAGGAAAGCGAUGCCGCGCCAAACAAAUGCCCACCUGAGGCGGCCAAGAUAAGUAGAAGUCCAUCGGUGGAAAUGGAGGGCAACGGGUGGCACCAGCACCUGCAGGAGGGCCUGGCCAGAGAGACACGCGGUCCCAAAAAAGCGCCCGACUCAGGGAAGUCACUGACUUUCGAAGAUUCGACCUCCCAAACCCAAGACACCGAAGCAUCGUCGCUUUCACUGCAGGCCGCCAAAGCGGCUGGCAGACUAAGGAAAUCCCCCAGUUCACCUGAACAACAGAGUUGCUAUUCAGGGAUGGAGCUGCACUCAGACGCUGGCGGGAAGGCUGAGCCGAAACCGCAGAAGCCUGGCAAGUAUGUUUGCGAUUACUGCGGAAGGGCGUGCGCCAAACCCAGCGUGCUUAAGAAACACAUCCGCUCGCACACCGGGGAGCGGCCUUACCCGUGCGUCCCCUGCGGGUUCUCCUUCAAAACCAAGAGCAAUUUGUACAAACACCGAAAGUCCCACGCUCACUCGGUCAAAGCCGGAACGUCACCGUUCCCUCACAACGUCAGCGUGGACCAGGGGUCUUUCGAAGGCGAAGGGGAGUUAUUCUCCGACGCCGAGCAGAGCACGGACACGGACGAGGACGCGUUCAGUGACCCGCUGCUCCUGCUGGACUCCCCGGCGGAGGCGUCGGAUCACACCGCCGUCAAAGUGCUCAACCUCAUUUCUCACAAAAAGGCAUCCGCGAUGUCAAUGUCGGCUCAGGACAGCUCAUCCCAACCCCCGGAAAUCAAUGCGCCACCUGCCGCCGCUGCCGAAGCUAACUGUGCGAUUCAAUCUUGCACGAUUAAACAAAGGCUCGCGCUUCGGCUGUCGGAAAAGAGGAGCAGCGACUCGGAACACAAUCUGUCCCUUCCAAGUCAGUCGAGUAAAGGCAGCACGGAUUCCGGCUACUUUUCCCGGUCUGAAAGUGCAGAGCAUCAGACCAGCCCCCCAAACGCUAAUGCCAAAUCCUACCAGGAAAUUAUGUUUGGGAAGUGUUACAGGCCCAGCCCCAAGCAGACUACAGCAUACGUGGCCUGCAGCGCAGAGUCCGGUGACGUGGCAAGAUGCUCGGAGAAAGCAGUUUCCCGCGUUUUCACCCAGGAAAAGGACACCGUUGAGUCAAUCAAAAUCAAUACAAAGUCCUUCGCGAAGGAAGAGGCGAAAGAGGCACAGUUCGACAGCGGCUCGGACACGGGAACCCUCCUCAGGAGCAACUCCAUGCCCGCAUCCUCGGCGGUCAGCCUUACCAUGCCCCAGUCUCUCCGGGGCAGCCACUCGUUCGAUGAGAGAACGAGCAACGCGGGCAUGAGGCGACUCCGGCGCCAAGCCGCUUUCGAGCUGCCAACCCACGAGGUCCACACGGACAGCGACGGCCAUGGGAAAGCGAGCGAGAUGUCACCUGCGGGACUGGAAAUGGACAAUUCUCCGCCGAGCGUAGUCCUGCAGAGGCACGCUAUGGAGCUGGCGACGCGGAAGCGCCGGAAAGAAAAGCGUGAAGAGGAGGAUUUGCCGCAUCAGUACGAGGUGCAUCAUGAACAGUGCGAAGAAAUGUUUGACUCAGGUAAGGAUUAUGAGCCGAAGCUAGUCAGCCACGGUGCGGUCGGCGUCGUGAAAGGACAUUUGAGGACGCAGCUGGACAGGAGCGACAUGGACAUAUCGGCCAGCCCUGAAAUGCGUACCCGAAAAACAUUAGGAAACGUCAUUUCGGUUAUCCAGCACACGAACUUCAUCAACAGGCCCCGUGCUGACCAGUCUGAUUCCUACAAAAGUCUCAGGCAGCGGCAGGAGGCUUUCUCCUCAUUUCAGCCCAUGGAGGAGUCGUUUGAGGUGGACAGGGGUGAUGGCAUACUGAGGCAGUCCUUUCAGUUGGGCGCCAAACUGGUGCGGCAGCCCAACAUACAAGUACCGGAAAUCAGGGUCACCGUGGAGCCCGACAGUCCAGAAAAAGCUCCGGAUGUGCCGGCGAAGGAGCCGGAGAAGCACGUGGAAGAGUUUCAAUGGCCGCAGCGGAGUGAAACUUUAGCCCAGUUCCCCCCUGAAAAACUCCCCCCGAAGAAGAAAAGGUUGCGGCUCGCCGACAUCGAGCACUCCUCGGGGGAGUCCAGUUUCGAGUCGGCCUGCACCAGCCUCUCACGCAGCCCCAGUCAGGACAGCAACUUAUCUUACAGCUCUGCCUUCUCCUUUGACAGGGACGAGAGCCUGAAGCCAGUUUCCCCGGCCAGGCAGGAUGAAUUUGGCAAGCCCCUCGAGCUCUUAGCUGUGCCGGGAAGCGGCCGCUCGCUCUCCGUUCUCCAUCAGCGUCAGCAACAUGAAAUGAGACGCUCCUCCUCGGAGCAGGCGCCUUGUAAGUUGCGCAAGGAGUUCCCAGAGGUACGCAGCGUAUCAUUUGAUUACGGAAGCCUCUCUCCAACAUCCAAAGUUAGACCUGGGGACCUGGCAAAGGAGAGACGGAGGGGCAACUUGGUGCGCCAGGAGUCACUGAGCAUGGACACCGAGGCCUCGCACGUGCAAAUGUUUUGCGGCGGCGCCACCUCUUCGUCAUUGCCCAUCUUUUCAACCGGCAACACACUCCCCCAGCCGCCGCAUCCCGGCUUGUUAAUCCCCGUGAGAAUCCAGACUCACGUGCCGAGCUACGGCAGCCUCACAUACACGUCUGUGUCACAGAUCUUUGACAAUCGUUAUGGCAGAGUUAGCCCCGCGUUAGCCGCCUCUCAGAAUCGACCCGCCGAGCACACGCUCUCUGUCGAAGCCCUGGACCUGUCCUCGGCCAAACUCAAGACCGGUAUCCCCCUCUCCCUCACCUCCCGGACCAUCUCCACCACCAACGCGUCCAGCGGCGGCGCAAACAAACGCAUGCUCUCGCCCGCCAGCAGCCUAGACCUCUUCGUGGAGGUCAAGCAGCAAAAGCGCGUGAAGGAGGAAAGGAUGUUUGGGCAAAUUGUGGCGGAGCUGAGCGCUGUGGAGUUGGGCGAGUGCCACUUGGAGGAUGAUUCACACAGGAGCGAGUUUAUCACGCUUCGAAAACUGACCGGCGACCACAGUGUGGAGUCUCCUAUGGAGAGCAGCUCCUUGGAUACCAGCUCGCCCCCGUAUCCGAGAGAAGCUGGCACGGACAAAGCGGCGCAGAUGGACACGGGGGCACGGCCGCUUUCCGGCCGAGACAUCUCGGUCUCAGAAGACGAGCAUCGGAGGACGCCGUCUGCCUUUCCGAGUCUUCGUACGGCGACAGGUGUGAGCUGGUGCUAUCUCAGCUACACUAAGCCGAGCUGCUCACACGACUGCGAAGGGGGCGGCGGCGCUCCCUUCUCCUCCGUCUACGCCACCUGGCACGUCAGCUCCCGCAAUCCCAAUCUGCCGGAGCUGAGCACCAGCGCCGCACUGGCCCUGCUGCACUCCAAGCAGAAGGCAGGCAAGUUGAUCUACUCGAUGGCCGCCAUGUGUCAGCCCGGCAACGGGAAACUGGUUUCGUCCCUCGUCCUGUGGCGGCAGACAUUUGAACAGCUGCAGAGGAAACCGGAGCCCAAAGAGGCGGACGUCAACCCGAGCAAGAAGGCGAAAGACGCCAGCUUCAGACUGAAGGCUGCCAAGGAAGAGUGGAAGGAGAGGGAGGCGUCAAAUACCCAAACGGCUCCGACGCGCAUCAAGAUCUUCGAGGGAGGGUACAAAUCCAACGAGGACUACGUGUACGUCCGCGGCCGCGGCCGGGGGAAAUACAUUUGCGAGGAAUGCGGCAUCCGCUGCAAGAAGCCCAGCAUGCUCAAGAAACACAUCCGAACCCAUACGGACGUGAGGCCCUACAUCUGCAAGGUCUGCAACUUUGCAUUCAAAACGAAAGGAAACCUGACGAAACACAUGAAGUCAAAGGCGCACAUGAAGAAGUGUCUGGAGCUGGGCGUCUCAGUGACAAUGGACGAGACAGAAAUACAGGAACAUGUAGACGAGGCGCCCCAAGAGUCCAAAGCGGAGGUGGCGGUGGCGGCCAAACAUCAGUUCUCCGACGCCGAAUACUCGGACGGCAUGGACGAAGACGCGGAUGACGUCGACGAAGACGAGGACGAGGACGACGACUACGAGGGCGACUCAACGCCCAAGCUGCGCUCCAGGAGCACCAGUCCGCAGCCGGGCGGCGGCGUCACGUCCCUGCCGGUUACCGUCACCGUCUCCGGCAGGUGGCCGGGCUCGGACCAAAGAGACAAGACCACGGAGGACGACUCACUGAGCGUUCUGUCUCCGGAUCAGGCCGGCUUCCUCUUCGACCCUUAUUCUUCGUGCCUCCUCUCGCCCGGCUGGGAGUCCCCCAUCAGGGAACCGUCGCCCUCCCGCCUGCGAUACCCGUCCCCGAGGAGGGAGCUCUCCCCGCGGGGUCGCUGCUCUCCCAGAUGGGACGCCACCCCGCUGAGGCCCGGCUCGCCUGGUUUCUCGCCUGUUCAGCACCUGUCUCCUCCUGUCGCGCAGGAGCGACCCACGUCCCCCGGGACGGAGAUGGCCGGUAAGCGGGAGUCGGCGGUGCGGGGCAGGCAGCGGGUCGUGCUGAGGGCCGUGUCGCCACGCCGAGGUGGAUCCCAUCAGCAGCGAGGCGGCGGCGACAAGAGCAGACAGCACGCCAAGAUCGACAUGGCUCAGCAACAAGGAGCCUUUGAGAUGGAACUGGAGCAGAGGAGCAUCUCCGGCCUUCCCGCCGCCGUUGGUGGUGCUCACCAGAACCUCUUGAGCCACCUCCCUCUCCACUCGCAGCAGCAGGCAUUCAGCUUGCUUCCUGUCCUUCCAAUCGGAGGAGCCCUCCGGGCGCCGCCACCUUCCCCCGCCGCCUCCGACGUUCCGCCGAGCCCCCCGAGCGAGGAGGGAGCUACCCACGUGGCCCACGAGAUGGCAGAGGAGGACCAGGGAAGUCUGGAUUCGGGCGUCAGGGACGGCAGAGAGGAGGAGAACGUCCAAACGUGCUUGAAAGCCAUCGCCUCGCUCAAGAUCAACACGGAGGACCCACAUUAGAGACCUUGGGCCGCCACCCGCUUGUCGGGGGCCCGACUUUGGCAAUAUGACGAUGAAGCUUCUUCACGGCCAGAAAUCCCGACCUUCUCUUUGGACUGCCUCACUCAAGGUCAACAUGGAGCGACCCUCAUUAGACAAGAGCCCCCAUCUGGGGACCUUGGGGCGCCACCCACUCGUUUGGGUCCCACCUGAGGCAAUAUGAAGACACAGCUUCUUGGCUUCUUUGGACUGGACGAGCAACGGGAAUUCUGAUUAUUAACUAUUAUUAUCAUCAUUGGGUGCAGGUGCAAUAUGAAGAGAUAUACUGUAUAACGCUAAUAUGCCUUUUGUUUGACAUAGCAGUUUGCAUACGAUUGCACAUAAAUUAUAUUUAUAGAUUACUGUACCAAAAAAAUGCCCUUUUACGUAUUACACACCCACCUUCUUCUUCUUAGAUGCGUGUAUUUUAAUGUAUGUGUACUUUGCGAAUAGACUGUUGUCUCAUGUACUCAUAUCGAGGUGUGAUGCAGUAGUGCGGUAAUUAUUUAUAUUUAAAAUAAAAUAAAAAAAAGGGUGGGCGUGCGUAUUAUGAGACGGUCCAAAUUUUGAAGCUUCUUGCGCGACGAGGGUCUGUGCCUUUAUUUUGCUUUGGACGUUUCAAAAGGUUGAGGAAGAGCUUUGCGAGCUUGAUUUAUCUUAAAAAAAACAAAAACAAACAAACAAAAACAAGGUUUCUUUUUCUUAAUGUUGUGGUUUUUAAUCUUGCAUGGGAUUUGCUAUUGCACAAAAAUUACAGGAAGUCAACAUGUAAUUACUGUAAGAUGUAUUUAUAUAUUAGGACAUAGGCACUUAUUGAUACUGGUAAAUAUUUGACUACUAUUUAUAUAUGGUAUAUAUAUAUAUAUAUA